GAACCAUCCAGCGAACCUUGUAACCUUCUAGAACCCUCUAUUCCCCUCCGUGUCCGAUGCCUCUCAUCGCCAGAAGACCUUCCCGGUACGACGCCACCGCACCACGGAAUUAACACGAGCACUGCAUCGGUGAAUCUGCAAGCCCGCCCGCCCGUCGCUCGCCACCGCCAUGUUCGGCAUCGUCUUCCCGGACCACACCUUUCCCCUCGACGCCACCGCUUUCGCGCAGGUGGCGCCCAAUUCCUGGGUCCUCGAUCUCUCCACUCUCGCGCUCGCCGCCGCGCCGCGCUCGGCAGUCGUCUUCCUGCUCCCCGCUGCCGUGACAGCGCUGCCGCCCGGCAAGGCCGUCUCCGUCUACUUCCAGGCCGCCACCAACCGCCCCUUCGCAUUCUUAGGUGCGCUCGGGCCCACGCGCCCCUCGGCCAGCUUCCCGCUUCCGGAGGCCGGCGACGAGCCGGAGCCUGCUGUGGGCCCCGCUAAACUGGGUGUCGCCGUGGAGGACGCGGCCGCGUUACCGCCGCCCCCUGACGAGCAGCGUGCCGAGCGUGUGGCGCUCCGUGUCGGCGAGAACCUGUUCAACUUCAUGCAAUCGUUCUGCGGUGCCGACGGCGGCAAGCUGGUAGUGCCCACGGACAUCCUGGACCGGUGGUUCCGCAAGUUCCAGGAGCGAGCCAAGAAAGAUCCAGCGUACCUCAAGAGCUUCGACUUUUGAGAGCAAAGGCCUAAUGAACAAGUCUCUUUGGAUAUCAGAUAUCAGAGAACAGAGGGGAGAAAGAUCCAAAUAUAGUUCAACACCAUAAUACUUUCGGAGGUUCUCUCAAGGAGAAGAUACUGCAGGCACAAGGUUACAAAUGUCUGAUCCUCGUGGCGGUGGCACUGUUCAUCUAUUUAUAGUGUCAGACUUGUAUACAUUCUUGUACGAAAUUACAACUUUGCCCUUACUAUUACAUUGUAGGCUUAGCCCUUCCCUAACGAGAUCAUACAAUUACACUAUUUUACAAUCCUGACGUGCCAUGCACGCCUUCUCUUCCUAGAAACCUUCACCUCCCUUCUCAAGUAGUUCCAAAGGCACCGAAGCUCUGCUUCCCCUUUCUUCGGCUCCCUGUAGGCGUUGGCAUUACUUCGUCGUCCGAAACUCCUUUAUACAUGAGAGUUUAUUUUUGCUUUGAUUGUGGUCCUUAUCCUGAAAAAAUGUCUAAACUUUGAUUUUGUUAAUAUGAACCUUCGUCUGGAGACCUUCUCCCCAACACUUGCCGCACAGUUUAUUGUCCUAAUGGCUUCAGCAUCUGCACUGUUUGUAAUGGCUGGUCUUUACUGAUGUGGACCUUAAUACAUGCAAAGCAAGGUUCUGCCAUGAGUUCACCAUGAUUGUCCUUACUGAAAAGGCAUAGUAUUUCCCUGAAUUGAGGAAUGGCUAGACUAAAGUUCUGUUUCUUCCCUUUCUUUUUUAUAUUUUCUUUGUUGUCUGUAGUUAAACUUAUUUCUUUAAUAUAUAGUCUAGGGGCUUGCCCCUCUUGUUGUUCUUUUUUUUAAAAAAAACAUAUGCCUGCCAUAGCUGGCACGCCUGGCAGUUGUAAACAGCCUUGUGGUCUUGUGAUAUGAUAUAAUACUCCUCUUUAUUUUUUUAUUAAUGUAAAUACCGCAAUAAAUUUGGGGCUCUUUGCAAACUAACAGAUUCCUUGUGAUGAGUACUAUAGUGGUUCACUGGUCUGUUAUAAGCCAUGCCUGUCUUUGGAACAACUAUUUCCUUAGUAAUUAUUGUUUAGAAAACUUCUUAAAGAAAGGAAAGCACUUUCACUAGCCCAGUAAUUAUUGUGAACUGUCAUGGUACACACCACUCCAUGCCUCUUUUGUACUCAAUUGAUUAUGGAUUACUAUUUGAUUCAUUAUACUGAAUGAUCUCUUCUUU